CACACGGUGAGCAUCGCCUCUUCUCAUAGCAAAAGGAAGCAUGUCAAAGAAGUCGAUUCAAGAGCUGCUUGAGAAGCUUGCUCAGGGUGUCCAGCUCGAUGAGCAGCAGCAGAAGACCAUGGACGAUUACAAGUUCUGGAAGACGCAGCCGGUUCCGAACUUUGACGAGAAGAUUGACGAGGAAGGUGUUAUUGAGCAAAAGAGCGUUGAUCAGAUCUCUAAGGAGCCCUUGCCCCUUAGACCUGAGUUUGAGUGGGCUGAUUUGGACCUGAACAAGGAUGAGGACCGUGCUGAAGUGUACAAGCUGCUGUACGAGAACUACGUUGAAGAUGUUGACUCUUCCUUUAGAUUCAAGUACUCCACUGACUUCCUCGAUUGGGCUCUGAAGCCACCUGGGUAUAAGAAGGAAUGGCACGUUGGUGUCAGAGUUAAAGACAGCGGACGUCUUGUUGGCUUCAUCGCAGGAACACCUGCUGACCUCCGUGUGAGGGCUAACAGCGUGCACGCUGUUGAGAUCAACUUCAUCUGUGUGCAUAAGAAGUUGAGAUCAAAGAGAUUGGCGCCAAUCUUGAUCAAAGAGGUCACUAGACGUGUUAACCUCACGGGCAUCUUCCAGGCUCUCUACACAGCAGGAGUUGUGCUGCCAAGCCCUGUCUCAGUGUGCCGUUAUUCUCAUAGACCUCUCAAUUGGAGCAAACUCCAUGACGUUGGGUUCAGUUACCUACCACCUGACGUUACGAAGACCCAGAUGAUUGCCAAAUACACAUUGAGAAACGAAGGGAAAGUGAAGAACUUGAGAAGGGUGAAAUUGGAGGAUUUCGACCAAGUUUCGAAACUGUUCCUCAAAUAUCAGGACCGUUACGAUUUGGUUCAAGAUUUCACACCGGAUGAGAUCAAGCAUUGGCUGUUUGGUAAUUUGGAGAUUGAAGAUUCCAAGAAAGUGGUCCACACGUUUGUCGUUGAAGACGAAGAGGGUAAAAUCACCGAUUUCUUCAGUUUCUAUCUCCUACCAUUCACCGUGUUGAACAAUGCCCAGCACGACGAGGUUGGUAUCGCAUACCUCUUUUACUAUGCAUCUGACGUUGCCUUUGAAGCAAACGCAGAUUCCAACGGGGCCUUAAAGAAGAGGCUCACGGAUCUGAUCAACGAUGCAUUGAUCAUUGCAAAGAGACUCAACGUUGAUGUCUUCAACGCAUUGACAUGCCAGGACAAUAACCUAUUCAUCCAAGACUUGAAAUUCGGUGCAGGUGAUGGUCUGUUGAACUACUAUCUGUUCAACUAUAGGGCCAAGUUCAUCUCGGGAGGGUUGGACGAUGAGAAGAAGAUUGAUCCAAACAAUCUGAGUAAGAUUGGUGUAGUUAUGCUCUAAUAUAUGUUUCAGUU